GCUGUUACAAUACUCGACGACUGAGCGGAUAUAAUCGGAUUCGGAGGUUAGGAUCUAUUGAUGUCCGCAUUGACGUCAUUUGGGAUAGCUUACGAGAGAAAUGACUGACUUUGAGCCUCGCAAACGUCGCCGGCCGGCCAAAUCCUGCGAGCAAUGUCGCCAACGCAAGAUUCGCUGUGACCGCAAUGUGCCCUGUGGCCCUUGUACACGAGCCCGGUCAUCUCUGGGCUGCUCCUAUCGCCAAAAUCUUGGCUCCCCGCGCCCAGAUGCUCACCAGACGCCUCUGCAUGCCUCCCGCCCAUUGCAUCGCGAGGAUGUUGCACCGAGCUAUCGUUCGAUAUCUGAGGCUCACGGGGAUGGUUUGAUGGGAUCCUUGAACGAUACAUCUAGUGUUGGCUCUGGACAGGGUGGUAUAAGCAGUGUGCCAUCACAGCUUAGCUCAACGAUCCGCGACCUCCAGCUCCGUCUACAACGUCUGGAGGAGCGACUAUCCGACACAGGGACUACACGGCCAUCGACUGCAUCAGAACCUGCUAUUGAGCAGACUCUCAGAGAGCUAUGCAGCAAGGUCCAGAGCUUAGAGCAGCGAUUAGAAAUCCGUUUGGACUGUCCCCAAACACAGAAAGAAGGAUUGUCCAUUGCUGCAACGCAGCCUCGGCUCCAUACCCACGCAAAAAAGAUGAAACUGUUUGGACCAACGCAUUACACGCACACGAUGGAUAAGUUCCAGCUUGUCGGCUCGCUUGAAAGCAAGGGCCCUCAACCGCUUUGCCCCAAACUCAAGGCAGAGUUGACCGCUCAAACCAAAGACAUGCGCGACCUCCGCAGAUUAGUCAAGAGGCAACAGAUCCCUCAGCUGAAUGACCCUGUAUCAGACCUUCGCGAUACCAUCCCGACUAGGUCGGUGUGCGACGAACUGGUGCAAUGCUACCUGCGGACGUUCGAAGGCGUCUAUCGCAUCUUGCAUCUGCCGUCCUUCACGACGGAAUACCAGCAGUUUUGGGACCAGCCUGGAACAACCGCCACUCCAUUCCUUAUGAAGUUGGCUUUAAUUCUCGCCAUCGGCACGACAUUCCGUCCGGAGCGAGGCAAAGCCGGUUCAGACUACGAUACUCGACUUGCCCAGACAUGGAUCUAUGCUGCCCAGUGGUGGCUGAUAGGCCCAACAGAAAAAUCCACCUUCAACCUUGAUGGCGUCCAGAUAUUCUGCCUAUUACUACUUGCUCGCCAGUUGGGACCCCCAGGACCGUCUCCGUGGCUCUCAGCCGGAGCUCUCCUGCAGAUGGCCACGGCCAUGGGACUACAUCGAGACUCCACGCACUUCCCUUCCCUCUCUCCUUUCCAGACUGAGAUGCGAAGCCGUCUCUGGGCUACCGUGCUCGAGUUGAUCCUCCAGUCUUCACUCGAAUCAGCCUCCCCUAUCACAGUACCUUUCUUCGACACCAAGCCCCCAUCCAACCUCAAUGAUGUCGACAUCAACCCAGAUCUAAAGCAAUCCCCAGUCUCCAAGCCCAGCACAUCCCAGACCGACACAUCCCUCCAGCUCCUCUUCCGUCAAUCAUUCUCUCUCCGUGCCGAAACCAUCCAACUAAUCCACAAUCCCAACCGCAUCCCCUACCAACAAGCCCUCGACCUCACCACUAAGCUACGCACCACCUGCCACACCAUCAGAGCCUUCUUCCAAUCCACUACCACCAGCACAACAUCACCAUCACCAUCACCCAAUACCCUCCCCCAACCCACUCCCUUCCACCACAAACACCUCCUCACCACCCUCCACCGCUACAUCCUACACCUCCACUUCCCCUUCGCCCGCGAAUCUCUCACCACCCCCCAAUACCACUUCUCCCGCAAACUCUGUCUCGAAUCCGCCCUCACCAUCGCCUCCUACACCCCCAGCACCACCGACGCAACAACCCCCCUCGACGACUUCUCCCGCCUCGUCCUCACAGCCCGCGGACCCCUCCGCGGCCCCCUCAACCUCGACAUCAUCUCCGCCCUCGCCCUCGAACUCACCACUCAACUAGAAGAAUCUCCACCCCCAACCCCGAACCUAAACACAACAACAACAACAACCCCCCUGACAACCCUAACAACCACAACCCGCAUCCCCAUCCUCCAAUCCCUCCAACACAUCCAAUCCCAAAGCGCCCACGUCUUCCAAACCCUCCACAUCCCAAGUCUAAAACGCUACAUCAUCGUCUCCGCCCUAAUAUCCCAGAUUAAAGCCACCGAAACCGGGAACCCGAACCCGCCAAGCGCGGUAUAUGAUACCGUGAGGGAGUGUCUGGGUGUUUGUCGGGGUGCCUUGAAGGAGAUGUUAUCCUCCUCCUCAUAUACAUCCUCAUCCUCAUCCUCAUCCUCAUCCUCAUCUUCAGGGGUUGUGAUGAUGACGCCGGCGGAUAGCGGUGGGGUUGAUCAGAUGGGGCUCGAUCUGGAUUUGGGAUUAGGGGUGGGUUUUAGUGAGGGUCUUGAGGGGCUGGAUUUGACGAGUUUGUUGUAUAUGCCUGGGUUGGUGGAUUUGGGGGGGUUGGGUGAGUGA